AUGCAGCUAGUAGCCCCUUUGGGCCAUCACAUGUUAGACUCAGCUCAACAAAAUGUGCCCCAGCUUCAGGAGAGGGACGCAGCUGGGCCGGGCACCCGGGGCCCGGAGGUCAACACUGCGUUGUGGAUGUUGACGUGUAUAUCGGCUCUCUUUUUGAGCCUGCGGCUGUACUGCAAGUCGUACAGACACAAGGACCUUUGGUGGGACGACUGGAUAUUAAUACUGUCAUGGAUCCUCCUGCUUGCAAACUCCAUCACCAUGACUCUCAGUGUCAGCCUCGGCUUCGGUAUGCAUCUAUUAGAAAUUGAAUUUGACAACCGGGAGAAAUUAUUGCUCCUCGGCUCCCUGAGCACAACCUUUAGCACCCUAUCAGCCGUGUGGUCGAAAUCAUCCUUCGGCCUGACCCUGCUCAGGCUGACACAGGCCGGCUACGAGAAGACGCGGGCGCUCGUCUGGGUGAUCAUGGUCUCGAUGAACAUCCUCAUGUCCUGUGACGCGCUCUACUCGUGGGUCGAGUGCCAGCCCUCCCGCAGGCAUUGGGAGAUAUUCACCGACGGGACCUGCUGGAGCCCCGACAUCGCCGUCAGGUUCGGCAUCGCCGCCGGCGCGUACUCGGGCUGCAUGGACGUCGUCAUGGCCGUCCUGCCCUGGAGGAUCAUCUGGGAGACCAGGAUGGAGCGCAGGGAGAAGAUUGGGGUGCUGGUGGCCAUGAGCAUGGGGUUGUGUGCUGGCGCGGCGGCUUUUGCCAAGUGCUCGCAGAUACCGCAGAUCUCGCUGUUUGAUGAGACUUACACAGGUGCCAGUCUUGUCAUUUUAGGGGCGGCUGAGCCGGCCGUCACCAUCGUCGGCGCUUCCAUCCCGGCGCUCCGGGUGCUCCUGACCGAUUUCAAACGUUUUACACAGCGGCGGCUGUCUGACCAAUCUGAAUCACAAGGGUCAAACUUUGACUUUUGGGAUGACACUUCGGGGCAGAGACGCUGGUCUCUGUUCAGAUGGAAUGGCUUCGGGGGCUCAGAUUCCGCAAAGCCCUCGAACAUGACGGGCACGACGUCCACCACAAUAACGAGCUGUGCCGACCCACUGGCACUGCCUCUUCCGGCCCCGAUGGGCAACGCCGCCCGUCACUGGAAAACCGACACGGCAGGGCUCUCUCCAAAACUUAAUCACGAGAUGUUCGAUAUCUCGCUGUCUGACACCUCGGGAGAUCAAAUACCAAAAACAUCCGCAUCGGUCCCGAGGGUCUGCCGUCCAGCAGCACCAAGCCAUAUCUAUCCGAACCUGAGCCAGCAGCUUGAGGAUUUCUUGUGGAGCCGGAAGAACAGCUAUGCAGGCACGCUGGGUGAGUCCAUAUACGACGGCGAUGAAAAGCCCGUGGUCGAGACCAUGGCAGGGAACAUGAAUGGCACGAGAGCUGCCAAGAAGCGCCUGGCUCAUGGUAGGCCGCGGUUUAUUACCAGGAAUUUGAAAGACUUUGGUAGCGGAGACAGCGAUGUCGAUACUUGGAGUCUGAAUAGCGCCUUGGAGGAUGGCCAGGGCGGCAAAGCAUCUUCGCUCUGUUAUGGGGCUGCUGGGCAGUUUGUUGUGGUACAAACGACUGAGAUCACAGUUGAGUUCGAGUAG